AUGGCGAGCAUGAGGUGGACCGGUUCGCUGCGGUCUUCUAUCGCGGCUUUUUGCCAAGAGCUCCAGGACGUAAAAGACCCAGAUACCGUUUUCCGAGAGGAGAUGGCGGCCAUUGAAGAACGAUCACGAAGAACACUGGGACAGCUCACCCGGAAUAACCUUCCUAGCAUCCUGCAAGAAUUGCUUGCAAACGGCCGGUACAUGAGAGAACGCGAGAUCACGUAUACAGCAUCCAGAGCCCAGGCACUCAACGCAUAUGAUACAGCGAUCGAAGACCUGGUUGGAAGGAUGCUAAAGGAACAGUUUAGUAUCCUGGGCCUGGACACAAUCCAGCGGCUAGUCCCAGACAUAUCUAUUUCUCUCAGUGGGGAUGAAGACGACGCUCUUCUCUCUUGCCCAGACGAUGAGCAAGCAUCGGUAUGCGAGUGUCAGACGGGAACCGCAGUAGCUGGACCUGCGAAUGUGCACGCAUUCGACCACGGAGGAGAUUGGGACGACCAGUCAAAGAAGCCCAACCAUAGGGUCCAACCAACGUUGAACAAAGCCAUGACAUGGUGUACUCUGCCCGGGGCGGAUGAAACUGACCUCCAGGGCGACAGAGGUCGGGAUCGAAUGCGUCGCGCGACGCCGAGAGGAACAUCCUUAAGAGACAAAACAGCUAGGAACUACCGUGAGAGUUCGCCUUCGCCAUGUCAAGGUUUGGAUCAGAAGGAAGUUAACAAGUACAAGGUGACCCUGAAGAAAGGUCAUACGUUGUGCAAGAAAGUGAUGAAGAUGGGGUUUGAUGGACUUACCACAUGCGUACUGCUGUUCAAGGAUCCGGUACGUGACGAGUGGGUAUCUGCGGGACACAUUGCGGAGGGCCACGCCAUCCCAAGUCUCGACUCUAUUCUGGCAGAACAAAUCGGACGGCGGCGAGAGGCCAUGACAGUCUCACCAUCGAUCAAGGACGAGGGUGGUAACUCAUUUGCGAUGUCAGAAGGAGUGUCUAACUAUGAGAACAUGGUCGUAUAUAAUGGCAUCGGGUGCGCCAGUUGA